AUGGAAGAUACUCUAGAACCAACGCUGAGGAAUGUUGUAGAGCAGUCGACAUUAAAAUGGAUUUUCGUUGGCGGUAAAGGUGGUGUUGGUAAAACCACAUGCAGUUGUUCAUUAGCUAUUCAAUUAGCUCAAGUGCGGCGAAGCGUUCUCUUGAUUUCUACCGAUCCUGCGCAUAAUAUAUCUGAUGCCUUUGCUCAAAAAUUCAACAAGACUCCGAGCGUUGUAAAUGGAUUUACCAAUCUUUAUGCAAUGGUUUUCAUUCCUGGAUCAGAAAAUAAUGAAGGGGAUAUGAUGAAUCUUGGUCGACAAGUAUUACAAGAAAUGAUUGGCGGUCUUCCGGGAAUUGAUGAAGCAAUGAGUUUUUCGCAAAUGAUGAAGCUCAUACAAUCAAUGGAUUUCGAUGUAGUUGUUUUUGACACAGCUCCUACUGGUCACACUUUGAGAUUGUUACAAUUUCCGACGCUUAUUGAAAAUAGUUUAGGCAAAAUUAUUAACUUGCAAAGUUCUCUUGGUCCUCUAAUGACACAGAUGGGUGGAAUGUUAGGCCUUGGUGAAAUGACAGUGGAUGAUACUGCAAAUAAGCUUAGUGAAACACUGGACGUCGUAAAGAAAAUAAAUUCCCAAUUUAAAGAUCCUGAUCUUACUACAUUUGUUUGUGUUUGUAUUGCUGAAUUCUUGUCACUGUACGAGACAGAACGACUCAUUCAAGAACUAACAAAGCAGAAUAUCGAUACUCACAAUAUUAUUGUCAAUCAGUUGUUGUUCGCAGACGAAGAUGAGGAAGGUUGUAUAAAGUGUAAGAAGUGCUCAGCAAGGUCAAAUAUACAAAGGAAAUAUUUGGAACAGAUUGAUGAUCUGUAUGAAGAUUUCAAUGUUACUAAAUUACCUUUACUCGAUGAAGAAGUACGUGGUACCGACCACUUACGCAGUUUCAGUCGUUUUUUGGUUGUUCCCUACAAAUCAAAAAUAGAGAAAUUUGAUAGUUCGUUAAAUCUAUAG